AUGGUGACUCUGCUGGAAGCAGAACCCGACAUUGCUAGGGCUCAAUUUAAAGGAGACCAGACUUGGUUUUGGGCCGAAAUGGCAGAAAAUCUAAACCCUCUAGGCCCGCCGGUUAGAACGCCAGAUAUAUGGAGACGGGUAUGGUUUGACUACAAGUGUGCGGUAAAAAAAAAGUUGAGGGUUAAUAAAAAAUCCUUAACUGCAACUGGUGGGGGACCUUGCAAACAAGUACCGCUAAAUGAAGUUGAAGAAAGGUUGGCAAAUUUAACAAAUUUGCGUGCCACGGUAGCAGGCAAUUCGGCCCGGUCUUUCGGGAUGCCGAGUGUUGUUGACCAGAAUAACAACAAUAAUGAACAAACCGAUCUCGAACCAAUUCCAGAAGAAGAGCAGCAGGUUUGCGUAUCACCUCCUGUGAAAAGGACUAAACGUAAGCAAACAGAGGCGGUCCUUCGGCAGAAUCAGGAGAUGGUGGAAUUGAUGAAGAACCACAUCGAAAUACAAAAAAAAAUGCUUGAACUUCAGCAAGAAACAGUCAUAGCAUUAAGAGAGGCUACUGAGCAAUUGAAAAUUGCCAACAAUAGAAUGAACAAUGUAGAGUAG